AUGUAUCAAUUGUCAGGAGUAAUUUGUACAUAUUUCUUACUUAUUUUAGUAUCAACUCAAGCAGCUAGUAUUAAAAAUUGUACUACUGAUAAUUAUGAGUGCUAUACCAAUGUCCAAUGUUGUAGUAAAUGCUGCUUGGAAGGUGUCUGUGUUCCAGAUACAGAUCAGUGCAGGGAUAACAACCUCGUCAUAACAAAGCGAUCGCCACAAAUGACUCGCCGUACAUGUGCAGAUAUUAAUCCUCCAUGUCCACCUUCUAGCAAAUGUGUUUUACAUCAGGUUCAAUGUUUUGUUGCUCCUUGUUACCCGAUACCAAUGUGCAUUGACGAAAGUGGUAAAUGGAUUUUCGAUUGGUAA